AUAAACUCCAUUUCCCAGCAUGCCGAGCGCUCUGGAUUUCUGAACCGGAUAUCCGCUCUGCUAUCCGAGCAAGGAGAAACUUCGCCGCACGUGGAAUUGAAAAGAAAAAAAAGUUGCUAACGUUUGAGGUCUUUUUUCGAUACAGAUCAACCCGUAUCGAUAUAUUUAUCUUUUUUUUUUUUUUCAUUUUUCUGGAUCUGCAAGACAAAUUCGUGUCGCGAUGUUUCUGCAGUUUUACCUAAACGAGAACGGGGACAGAAUCUACACUCUGAAGAAGGUGAGUCCUGACGGGCAGCAAACCAGCUCGGCCCACCCGGCCCGCUUCUCCCCAGACGAUAAGUUCUCCCGGCAUCGGGUGAUGGUGAAGAAACGCUUCGGCCUUCUGCUCACCCAGCAGCCCAAACCCGUUCUGUGAGAGAGAGAGCAGAGGGAAAAGGGGAAGGAGGGAGAGGUGGAUGGAUGGAGGUCAAGACCACGAAAUGGAGGGAUGAAGGCGAAGAAUGGGACCGCAAAGCAAAGAGCAAGAAAACUCCAGGCCCAAAUUGACAGGACUGUGUGUGCAUUGGAUAUCGGCUAUCGUUGAUGUUAAGGAUCUUUUUUUUUUUUUUUUUUUAAAUAUAUAUAUGCUGUAAUCUGUCGACAUUCAUUUUAGAUUUUUGUUUAUAAUUUUGUUUUCAUGCUGAAUAAAUAUUCAGUCAAUGGAUUGUAUUCACUUGUUUGUGGGUGUAUGCAACCCAGGGUGGGUGACAAAAUAAAGAACAAAACGUGUAAAACAAGUGGAGAAACAUAAAAAAUGCAAAUGCUUCCAUAGAGAGCGUGAGGAGGUCACUGACUGGCUUGAUGAGUAUGAAAGUGAUGUAAAUCAUAAGCUUCGGUUUUCACAGUCACCAGAUCUCAACCCAAAAGAACACCUACGGGAGAUUUUUCCAGCAGUGUGUUAGACAGCGCUCUCCUCCACCAUCAUCAAAAUGGCAAGUGAGGGAAUAUCGUCCGGAAGAAUGGUUUUUCUGUCUCCUUACAAAACAUAGAAAUACCAAGAUGCUCUUUCACUGUGGUGAUAUGCAACCAGUUAACUGCAAAAUGGCAUUCUUCAACAUUAAAACAUUUUUAAAAUGAUAAAAGUGGGGAAGUCUGCUGUUAUAUUGAGAAAGCCUCGGUAUUUUGGGAUGAAUGUUGACUUCUCGAAAAUUUCUCCAACUAAAUAACGUGAUCAUGAAGUCAGUCACAUGAUGCAAAGCAUGUACAGAUGAUAUUUGAGGAAGUUGUUCAUGUGAUUUGCUGACCCUGCAGAAAACUGCUUUUGUUCACUCAUUUUAUUAUAAAACAGAUUUAUUACUCCCAGAACAGUCUGUCUUCCAGGGAUGAAUAUUUUCUAUUAGGUAGACUCCUUUCUGAGCAAAACAACAACCAAUACCCAUUUUUACUCAUUUACCCAGCUAAGUUCUGUAGUUUUAAUGUAAUAUAACAAUCUAAAGAUACUUCAAGUAAAUGUAUGACAUUCAAAACCCUGCUUAAGUAAAGGUACAGUAAAAAGUUACCGGAUAACAUAAAGGUUGCACUAUUUGGUUAUUAAAACUGAUGAAACACUGUCCAAGUGACAUUAUGCUGGUGGAGCUAUUUGUAACUGCUUUAUAUACUGUUAGCUACAUAAGUCCAGUGGUUGCCAACCCUGGGGGUCGUGGCCCUGCCAAAAAAUCACGGUAAAUCUGAUGAGU